AGGUUGCCGACUGCGCGGGAGGGGCCAGAGAGCGCGGCGGGCGCGGAGGAGGGCGCCCGGCCGGCUCCGCGCGGGGAUGGGGGCCGCCUCCCGCCUCCGGCCGCUGGGGGGCGCGGGAGUGCCGGUACCGCGGCUUCCGCUGGCGCUCCGCCCCCCGGGCUCGUCUCGCGCCCUGAUUGGCUGCGCGGCGGGAGCGCGCCGAGUCAGGGGGCGGGCCCGCGCCGGCUACAAAGCGGCGAAGGUCACGGCGCGAGGAGGCGCGCGCCGCCGCCCCGCGUCCGGCCUGCUCCCUCGGCCCUCCGGCCCGCCGCCGCCCGCGUGGGGAGCCAUGGAAGGAGUGAGCGCGCUGCUGGCUCGCUGCCCCACGGCGGGCCUGGCCGGCGGCCUGGGGGUCACGGCGUGCGCCGCGGCCGGCGUGCUGCUCUACCGGAUCGCGCGGAGGAGGCAGCCAACGCACACCAUCGUCAACUGCUGGUUCUGCAACCAGGACACCGUGGUGCCCUACGGGAACCGCAACUGCUGGGACUGCCCCCACUGUGAACAGUACAAUGGCUUCCAGGAGAACGGCGACUACAACAAGCCGAUCCCUGCCCAGUACAUGGAGCACCUGAACCACGUUGUGAGCAGUGCGCCCAGCGCCCGCACCCCUCCACAGCCCCAGCAGUGGGUGAGCAGCCAGGUGCUGCUGUGUAGGCGGUGCAGCCACCACCAGACCACCAAGAUCAAGCAGCUGGCGGCCUUCGCCCCGCGGGACGAGGGCAGGUACGAUGAGGAGAUCGAGGUGUAUCGGCACCACCUGGAGCAGAUGUACAAGCUGUGCCGGCCAUGCCAGGCCGCUGUCGAGUACUAUAUCAAGCACCAGAACCGCCAGCUGCGCGCCCUGCUGCUCAGCCACCAGUUCCAGCGCCGGGAGGUGGACCAGACCCACAUACAGAGCUUUUGCUCGUCUGCGGUGAAGGCCCCACUCCAGGUCAUCGUGCUCCGUGCCCUCGCCUUCCUGGCCUGCACCUUUCUGCUGACCACCACGCUGUAUGGCACCAGCAACCCUUUUGCCCCAGAGUCCCCCCUGCCCCCGGCCCUGCCACCUGGUGGCAAUGGCUCGGCCACACCUGACAACGGCACCACCCCUGGGUCUGAGGGCUGGCGGCAGCUGCUGGGCCUGCUGCCAGAGCACACGGCAGAGAAGCUGCACGAGGCCUGGGCAUUUGGGCAGAGCCACCAGAUGGGCGUCGUGGCGCUGGGUCUGCUCACCUGCCUGCUGGCCAUGCUGCUGGCCGGCCGUAUCAGGCUCCGGAGGAUCGACGCCUUCUCCACCUGCCUGUGGGCCCUGCUGCUAGGGCUGCACCUCGCUGAGCAGUACCUGCAGGCUACCUCGCCCAGCUGGCUGGACACAGUCAAGUUCAGCACCACGUCCCUGUGCUGCCUGGUGGGCUUCACGGCAGCUGUGGCCACAAGGAAGGCGACAGGCCCACGGAGGUUCCGGCCCCGAAGGUACUUCCCCGGAGACUCCGCCAGCCUUUUCCCCACUAGCCCCAGCCUGGCCAUCCCCUGCCCAAGUGUCGCAGGCUCUUCGCCAUCUCUGUUCAUCCCCACCCCACCUGGCUUCCUGCCACUCGCCAACCAGCAGCUGUUCCGGUCUCCCCGCCGGGCCUCGCCCUCCUCACUGCCAGGCCGCCUCAGCCGGGCCCUCUCGCUGGGCACCAUACCCCCUCUGACUCGAGCAGAUUCAGGGUAUCUGUUCAGUGGGAGCCGCCCACCGUCUCAGGUGUCUCGAUCUGGGGAGGUUCCCGUUUCAGAUUACUUCUCCCUGCUGUCGGGGAGCUGCCUCUCCUCCCCGCUCCCUUCCCCGGCGCCCUCCGUGGCCGGCUCGGUGGCCUCCAGCUCUGGCUCUCUGCGACACCGCAGACCUCUCAUCAGCCCUGCACGGCUCAACCUGAAGGGGCAGAAGCUGCUGCUGUUCCCAUCGCCCCCUGGGGAAGCCCCCAACACCCCCAGCAGCUCUGAUGAACACUCGCCCCACAACGGCAGCCUCUUCACCCUCGAGCCGCCCCAGGCCCCGCAGAGGCAGCCGGCGCGGGACAGGAAGCACACUCUGGACACCUGUUCAAUGCCAGAAAGAGGCAGCCCCUGCAGCAGCCACUCCAUCAAGAGAGAGGACGACUCGUCACAGUCAUCCACCUGUAUGGUGGACACCACCACCAGAGGGUGCACGGAGGAGGCUGCCGCCUGGAGAGGCAGAUAUCAUGCACUCCCCCAUCACCAAGGGACAAGCCGACAACGUCCAAGGCCUUGGGGACAUACCUGGCGGCAGGAACUCAGGAAAGGAGGCACCUUUGGAGAGGCAAGAUUUGACCAGGUCUGUUUGGCCCCUCCCUGGUCCGGGGCCUCCUGGCUGUGAGCCUGGCUGCCAAUGCCCUCUUCACCUCCGCCUACCUGUACCAGAGCCUGCGCUGACCCGGUACCCGGAGUCUUGGAGGGCGCGUCCAGGUGCAUGCUGCUUCCACCACUGCCGGCCUCAGGCCCUCCCCAGGGCUGCCGCCUCCGCCCUCUUCUCCAGGGCCCGUGACCUCGCUGGACUGAGUCCCGUCCUCGGGACGCCUUCUCCUCACCUAACAAUCUGCAGGGCUGAGUGAGGUCUGUGGGUUCACCCUCCUCCCUGCCCAUCUCCUUGGCUGACGUUGGUUGUGUGUUUGGUGCUGACACUCUGAUCCCAAAGCCAGGGAUCCCCGAGGGGCCUCACGACCCUGGGGUCCCCUCCCCACCGUCCAGCCCUGCCUGGCAGGAAUGCCACUACUACUGUAACUCCAGCAGGAGCCGAGCUGCCUCCUGACCCCUCGCCCACGGGCUGUGAUCACAUCUCUGUACUGUACUCCCCUGUCCCACCUGGCCGCCUCAGGCUCCCUGGGGGAGGAGGGAAGGAUGGUCCCUGUGUCACCGUCCUCGACCCUGCCCCAUGGAGAGUACACCUCCCUUGGGCAGGCCCCCUUGAGGACCAGCAUUCUCUGACCCUGUCUUGCUCCUUCCUGCUGGGCCAGGCCUGCCCUGUGGCUCUCCCAAGGUGGGCAGGUGGGUGCCUGGGGUCCCCUGCCCAGGGCUCCUCAGAGCUCCUGGUUAGGGGCCUAGCUGGGCCUUCAGGCUAGUGUAAGCACCCCCCGAGGCUCUCUUCUGCUCACCUGCACCACCGUUUUAUUACCUCUGUUGACCUUCCCAGGCAGCAGCCCCAUUACCCUGAGAACACUACCCAGGGCCCACCUUGCCCCAUCUCCAGGCCUGUGCUUCUGGGCCCCUCCCUCAUGCUGCCCAAGGGGGCCUUGCUGGACCCCUCAGCCCACGUUGUACUGAGGGACAGGCCCAGGGUGGCCUGCAGGUCUCAGAUGAGACUGGACCCCGUCCCUGCCCUACUGCGCACCUGGUUCUUUUCAGCCACUGAGACCCCAAUUUCCUCUCUCAUUCUGCUGUCACCAUGGGCUCAGCGUGACCUCUCUCUCCCAGGCUUUCUUUCCUAUCCCACUGCCCUCAGUCCCUGCCACUGCCCUUCAUUCUGACCUGCACUGCAGGUUCCUGCACCCUGCCUUGUGCUGGGGUCCCCAGAGGAGGAAGGAGGGACCUCAGUCUGGCAUAGGGACCCUCCCAGUGCUGUGAGGACUGAGAGACUGUGCAUGUGCUGUGGACGUGAGAAUCCCCAGUCCCUGCUGCCCUGGGCCUUGGACAUGGGUACAGCAGCGUGUGUGCGUGUCAUUGCACGUGUUCGUGCCACUUGGGGAGGAAUCAGCAGCCUCGGUGGAUUCUGGGACUCACGGGGGGGCAGGAGGGCAGGAGGGCAGGGUCUUCACUUUGUCAUUCAGGGAUAAAGUUUAAUUUUAUUUUUCUACACAUUUUUGCCAGGUAAGGCAUUUUGCUGAUAAGCAGGAUGCCCCCAAUUCUCCCUGCCAGGGAGGUUUAGUUUUUUUAAGCUUUGGGUGCUUUUUUAGUAAUUUUUUUUAUCGUGGGGAAGGAGACUGCUCUGACUUCCCUUCUCUCCUCUUCCCCUACUCCUGUCCUGAGUGCUACUGUUUGCCGCCCUGCCCCACCCCCCAGGACUUGGGGACUUGGGGGCCAGGGGCCGCACCAGGACCCUGCGUCCAGCUGCCAGAGAGGAUUCCAACUCGGAGGUGGCGCCUCUCGGCCCCCGUUUGUAUAGUGGGCAUGUGUGCUGAGUUUUUUAAUUUUACUUUUUGCCUGACAAGCCAAACUCCAUUCCCAAUGCCCUUCCUCUCUGGCUCUGAGGAGCCCCCGCACCGAGUGCCAGCUCCUCUCCUUCAAGGCCCAGCCACCUGGCCCCUCCUGCCCAGGCCCAGCGGGCCCAGCACCCCCAGGGGCAGGGGAGAAGCUGGGCAGGGAGGGGGCUUAUGUUCUCUUUCAAACAAAAAACACAAUCUUAUUUUUCUUUACAAAAGCAAAAAAAGGAAACCAAAAAAGAUACCAACCUUUGAACUAUACCUCAGUCUGUCUUGUCUUUAUUCUCUUUGCUGGGACAGCUCAGGCCGGCGUGAGAAGGGCCCCAGCGGGUGGGGGCAGAGCCCCGGCUGAGGUGGAAGUGAUGUCACUCACUCCCUUCUCCAGCCCAGAGUUUGGGUUGAGUCCCCAGGCUCAUGGUGUGGGGUGGCGGGCUCAGUGUGACGUGUUCCCGGAAGGGCUAAGGAAUUUGAACAGGAGAUUAGCUGCGUGAGCCGGGCCUGGCCAGAAGGGUGACCAGGACUUUUCUGAGCAGAGAAAGGAGGGUGUUCCGGGAGAAAGUGCUCACUUGUCUCUUCAGAAAAGCCUGUCCCAACCAGCGGUCGCUGACCUGGCCCCAGGGCUGCAGGGGUGAGGGUCAGCCGUGGGACAGAGACCUGCUUUUCUCCUGAGCCCACUCGGAAUGGCCAGUCAUCCAGCAGCUGGGUGGCGCCAGCCCUCCCAGUGCACAGCUGGACACCGCCCGCCCAGGCAGAGCGGCCUGGCCAGGAGGCCUGGCUCUAAGUGCAGGAGGGCCGACCCUGGGCCUAGCAGUGUGGGCGGGUGCAGGCUGGGCACUGAGAAAGCAGUCGGAGAUAACUGCACCCACCCCACGCUGAGCCAGGACCCCAGGUGGGGGCCAGGGGCCGGCCUCCUAAGUGUCACAAGCAAAAGUGCUCGGGCUGCCCGGUGACCCAGGUCUGCAUUUCUUUCUUUCUUUCUUU